CCCCUGCUGGGCCAGGAGAGGGGAGGAGCCGGGCCCCAGUUGUUUUGUUUUAAACAGCUUGAUUGACUUACAUUUUACCUGACACACAAUUCACCCAUUUCAAGUGUGCAAUUCAGUGGGUUUGCAUAUAUUCACAGCUGUGUGUACCCGCCUUGACGGUGAAUUUUAGAACCUCUUCAUCACCUCCAAAGGAAACCAGCUGCCCCUUAGCCUCCGCCCCCAGCCCCACCCAGGCCCUGGUGGCCAACUGCUCUGCCUCUGGCUGGACUCGGCCGCCGGCUGUCAGCGGGGACCCCACGGCAGGCAUACUCGCGUCUGUGGCUGGCUUUGUGCCCUCGCUGGUGGCGCUCCCUGUAGGGCGUGUCUGACUCCGGAAUGGUUGUGUCCCACUGCUCCCUCAGACAGACCCCACAGUUUGCUCAUCUGGGUGCCGGGGCCUCCCAGGUUGACAGGUGAAGGCACGGAAGGCUGUGGGGAGCCAGAGCGGGGAAGGAGGCCUCUGCGGUUGCCCUGCAGGGGUCCCCUGUCCGCUGCCCCCCUGUCCCGCUGCCGGCCCUUCCCCAGGUUCACAGCGGGCCACGGCUCCGGAGGUCCAAACGGAAAAGGCCUGAGGCCUGCCCGAGGGGUCCAUCCGAUGGCAGUUUCAGCCGGGGCGGGGGGGGGGGGGGGGCUCAGGUGGCUGUCCCCUGGGGGCUGGAGCACCCUGGGCUCCAGGAGCCACGAAGCCAUGGCCACCUGUCACCUUCUUGUGGUCCAUCAGCCAUUGUGGUAAGCUUCCUUCAGACUGGCAGUCUUCAGUAGAGGCUCCAAGGACCCUUGUCACCAGCAGGCCCGAUGGGGGAACGUGUGCUUUCCAGACGGAUGCUGAGCUGGAGGGGCUCUGGGUUAUGCACACCUCUCUCCUGAUGGAGGAGGCAGAGAGGGGCUGAACAGCCGGUCCCCCUGGGGGAUGCACCCCUGUGCUUUGCAAUUUGGAGAAGGCAGGCUGGUGAGGCGGGGGCUGCAGGGCAAGCCCCCCACCCCACGCUUGCUGCUGGUCUGUCCCUGCCCCCCAGGGGGACCCUAGGCCCUCUGCCCGCAGUUCCCACCAUCCCCACCCGUGUCCGGGGCUCUCGGGGCCACUGCCUCACCCCAGGCCGGUCACUCCCUCUACGUGCCUCAGUGUCCCCGUCUGUGAAACGCGAUAAUGGCAGUGUCCACCUCGGGCUCCUAGAGAGGAUUACAGUAAACCUCGCCACCAUCCUGGCACAGAGAGCAGCUCACAGGUUUGCAGGUAGGAGCCCUUCUGGCCAAUAUCAGCUGCUCUUUGAUCUGUCAGCCCACCUGCCGCUCGAAGCCUCCAGAUUGGGAAAGGCGUCUUCUUUGCCGGCCCUCCAGGAGGAGUCUGAUCUGCCCUAGAUUGGGCUGGUCCCCUUGCUGGGGCCUCCUCAAGCCCCAGGCAGGGGCUGGCCCAUCUCGGGGUCCCGGGACCCCAAGGGGGUGAGCUGGAGGUGCACACACAGAGUACAGCUUAGAGUCCCUGUUCCUCCUAUGUGUUGGGGGGGGGAGGGGCUGGGCUCCCGGGUUAGGGUUAGGAUGUGGACCAGUAGGAGGGGACUAUGGGCCCCACACGCUGGGGCCACCCUCUGCCGGGCCCGCCUCUCCCACAGUCGGGCUCCCUGGGCCUGGGGUCUCCCCGCUUCUGGCUGGAACACAGGGUGGGAGGCGAGGGUGUCCGGCUGGAUACCGCCCCCUGGAGAGUGCCGCUGAGUCUGCUGGCCUGUGAGAGGGUCCGGAGGGCCGGGAGCCACCCCCACCAGCAGCUCCCUCCAGCCCCAGUUCAAUCUGCUGAACAGCACCAUGGACCAGAUGAGCAGCCGAGCGGCCUCGGCCAGCCCCUACACCCCGGAGCACGCCGCCAGCGUGCCCACCCACUCGCCCUACGCGCAGCCCAGCUCCACCUUCGACACCAUGUCGCCCGCGCCGGCCAUCCCCUCCAACGCCGACUACCCCGGCCCCCACCACUUCGACGUUACCUUCCAGCAGUCGAGCACGGCCAAGUCGGCCACCUGGACGUACUCCCCGCUGCUGAAGAAGCUUUACUGCCAAAUCGCCAAGACGUGCCCCAUCCAGAUCAAGGUGUCCACCCCGCCGCCCCCGGGCACCGUCAUCCGGGCCAUGCCCGUCUACAAGAAGGCAGAGCAUGUGACUGAGGUGGUGAAGCGCUGCCCCAACCAUGAGCUCGGGCGAGACUUCAAUGAAGGACAGUCUGCUCCGGCCAGCCACCUCAUCCGCGUGGAGGGCAACAAUCUCUCACAGUACGUGGACGACCCUGUCACAGGCAGGCAGAGCGUCAUGGUUCCCUACGAGCCCCCGCAGGUGGGGACAGAAUUUACCACCAUCCUGUACAACUUCAUGUGCAACAGCAGUUGUGUGGGGGGCAUGAACCGGAGGCCCAUCCUCAUCAUCAUCACCCUGGAGACCCGGGACGGACAGGUGCUGGGCCGCAGGUCCUUCGAGGGCCGCAUCUGCGCCUGUCCCGGCCGAGACCGCAAGGCUGACGAGGACCACUACCGCGAGCAGCAGGCCCUGAGCGAGAGUGCAGCCAAGAACGGGGCUGGCAGCAAGCGCGCCUUCAAACAGAGCCCCCCGGCCGUCCCCGCCCUGGGCACCAACGUGAAGAAGAGGAGACACGGGGACGAGGAUGUGUACUACAUGCACGUGCGGGGCCGAGAGAACUUUGAGAUCCUGAUGAAGGUCAAGGAGAGCCUGGAGCUGAUGGAACUGGUGCCACAGCAGCUGGUGGACGCCUACCGGCAGCAGCAGCAGCAGCUUCAGAGGCCGAGCCACCUGCAGCCGGCGUCCUACGGGCCCGUUCUCUCGCCCAUGAACAAAGCGCACGGGGGUGUCAACAAACUGCCGUCCGUCAACCAGCUGGUGGGCCAGCCUCCCCCGCACAGCUCGGCGGCCGGGCCCAACCUGGGGCCCGUGGGCCCCGGGAUCCUCAACAACCACAGCCACGCCCUGCCAGCCAACGGCGAGAUGAACAGCGGCCACGGCGCCCAGUCCAUGGUCUCGGGGUCCCACUGCACCCCACCCCCCUACCACGCCGACCCCAGCCUGGUCAGUUUUUUAACAGGAUUGGGGUGUCCAAACUGCAUCGAGUAUUUCACCUCCCAAGGCUUACAGAACAUUUACCACCUGCAGAAUCUGACCAUAGAGGACCUCGGGGCCCUGAAGAUCCCGGACCAGUACCGGAUGACCAUCUGGAGGGGCCUGCAGGACCUGAAGCAGAGCCACGACUACGGCGCCCAGCAGCUGAUCCGCUCCAGCAGCAACGCGUCCGCCAUCGCCGUGGGCAGCUCCGGGGAGCUGCAGCGGCAGCGGGUCAUGGAGGCCGUGCACUUCCGCGUGCGCCACACCAUCACCAUCCCCAACCGCGGGGGCCCGGGGCCCGACGAGUGGGCGGACUUCGGCUUCGACCUCCCGGACUGCAAGUCCCGGAAACAGUCCAUCAAAGAGGAGUUCACGGAGAGCGAGAUCAACUGAGGGGCCGGGAGGGCGCGGCGGGGUCCCCGGGCAGCCUCGCGCGGUCUCCUCUUCCUCGUUUUCACAAACUGCCUCCGGAGGCAGGACCAGCAGGCUGUGCCGGGGGAGGGGGAGGGGCGAGGUCCACCCCGCGGCUCCCGGACAGCGGCUGGCGCGUCUGGACGCGAUCUGGGCGGGGGAGGGUCGGCCCCCGGAGCCAGCGCCUUCCCCACCUGCCCCGUCCGUGCGUCCUGCUCCGGGCUCUGCGGCUCCCAAGCGAGAUGCUCCGGGGACACAAGGAUCGCCUCCGCUGACGGACUGCCAAAAAGUAUUUUUCGAUGUCUUUUGUUUCCUGGCAAGGAGCGGCCCCGUGAUUGUGACCUAAAACACGUUUAUUUUGGGGUCAGCGCUCCAGACCCUGUCUCUGCUGAGGCCGGGUCCCUCUGCUGGACUUGAGGGUCCGUCUACCCCUCACACUUCAAACCCACUGCUACCUUCCACUUCCCGCCCCAAAAUUUCCCGGAAUUUCCCGGAAUUUCCCCGGACUUGGAGCCGACUGGGGAGGAGGGCGUCUCUCCUUGGAGGCAAGGAAACUUCUGGUCAGUGGCCACCAGCCAACACCCGAGCCAACACCACCGGCCACGGCCAGAGCUCUCCAGUGAGCUCCUCCGCACAGACACGGACAGCAUGCUCCUUAGACUACUGGAAAUUGUCAAUAUUUGAUAAAAAGAUACCCUUUGUA